UUAGGGUUUAGGGUUCUGAUUUUUGUUCACCAACAGCAACAAUGUCGAAGAAACGGGAACGCUCGCGAAUCACGAAUCCGGAGCCGUUCUUGCCGCUGGGCUCCGACGCAUUCUCCACCGGAAAGAAGCGGAGCAAGUCGCCGAAGCACCACCAGCUGGAGGACAAGCUCGUCCCCUCGGCCGUCAGCGCUAAGAUUCUCAAGGAAGCCCGUCUGCAGCAGAAGGAGGUCCAGCGGGAAGAGGAAGACGACAACAAUGUCGCUGACCACGACGCUGCCAAUAAAAUCGUAUUUCCCCAAAUUCACGGCCGCAAAGACGACGAAAACUACGAUGAUGAUGAUGAUGACGUCGACAACUUUGUAGGCUUUUCCGAGACGCAGAGUCAGUUUGCCGAGUUGAAUUUCGAGGAUGAUAUUAAUGAGGAAGACGAAAGGUUGCUGGAGGCCUUUCUAUCAAAAGAUGAUCGCCCUGGACGAACAUUGGCUGACAUCAUUGUGAACAAGAUCAAGGAAAAAGAUGCUCAAGUUUCGACUGGAACACAACCUAUGCCGAAAUUGGAUGACUCCAUCAUUGAGCUGUACAAGGGGGUUGGCAAACUGCUUAACAAGUACACCUCGGGCAAGAUGCCCAAAGCUUUCAAGCAUGUACCUUCGCUGCAAUUCUGGGAAGAAGUGUUAUACUUGACUGAACCUGACAAAUGGUCACCAAAUGCAAUGUAUCAAGCAACAAGAAUCUUUGCUUCUAAUAUGGGUGUUAAGAAGGUCGAACGGUUCUAUAAGUUUGUUUUGUUGCCCCGUGUGAGAGAAGAUAUUCGGAAAAAUAAGAGGCUGCACUUUGCUUUAUACCAAUCGUUGAAAAAGGCUCUCUAUAAACCUGCUGCUUUUAAUAAGGGAAUCUUACUUGCACUGUGCGAGUCAAGGACAUGCAAUUUAAGGGAGGCUGUCAUAGUUGGGAGCAUCAUUGAGAAGGUUUCUAUUCCUCCUCUUCACUCUAGUGUUGCAUUAUUGAAGCUUGCGGAGAUGGAAUACUGUGGUACAACAAGUUAUUUCAUCAAAUUACUGAUUGAGAAGAAAUAUGCAUUGCCAUAUCGUGUCCUUGACGCUUUGGUUGCACAUUUUAUGAAAUUCUAUGAUGAGUCCAGAGUAAUGCCUGUUAUCUGGCACCAAUCACUUCUUGCAUUUGCACAGAGGUACAAAAAUGAAUUAAGAAAGGUGGACAAAGAUGAUCUCAAUGCAUUAGUUGAAAGGCAAAGACAUAAACUAGUUACACCUGAAAUACUGAGGGAAUUAAACAAUAGUCGCAACCGUGGGGAGAAAGAAAGUGAUCCCAUGUCAAUAUCAACCCCUCUGUCUGUAGUCAACAGAACAAUUCAAGAAGACAGGUUUGAUAUUCCAGAUGUACCAAUGGAGGAGGAUUAGGCAGUUCGGAAGUUUUGGAACAAACUGCAGAAGCUCCACCUUUUCAAGAUAUUGGUAUCGGUACAUGUUCAUCUAGUGCGGUUUUCAUUUUGACGAGUGCAUACGCCAAAAUGACCUUCAUUUUUGCAAUUUUGGGUUCGGUUGAAGAUCAGAGAUGCAGUUGUUAGGCUAGGUGCAAAACUGAUAUUUUUGUUUGAAGUAAUGUGUUACCUUGUUUUAAUGUCUUCUUUUGAAGAUUUCUUUUGCUUUGGCUUUUCUUUUUUUCUUAGGUAAAAUGUAUGAUUUGGUUAUUGAUAUUAAUUUGGGAAGGAGCAAUAUAUGUUUAUAUAAAAAUGUA